ACCGGAAAUCUGUUAUUUUCUCCCUGGAGUCCGCGGAGCGUCUGUGGUCUGUGUGGCCCCUCAGGUAGAGGACGCGGGGCCCCGCUCUGCCUCAUUAUUGUCAGUGGUCCGCCAUAUGUGAUGUGUUAUUGUUCUAUCUCCUAGAUAAAUGACAUGUGACUGGAUUGUGUCGGAGAUCUGACAUGUAUACGCCGCAGGCCACACUCCCUGACCACAGAGAUGUCAAGCAGAAUAUAGCAAAAAAGUUAUCGUCCUCGCUCCGUGCCCUUCAGAUGCGCUAUGUGACUACUGAUGAUGUCAUCACUAGCGACGAUGAUGAUGCUAUUAGCUUCUGUGUGGCCCUGGAAGCCAUCUUCAUCCAUGGACUUAAAGUGAAGUUUAUCAGAACACAAGCCGGCAAAAGGAGGAACAAGGGGCGCCAGGUCCCCUUACCCCAGCCGGCCUUCUGGCCUCUUCUGAAAGCAAUCACUCACCGGGACGUUACCACUCAGCUGGAGAAGAUAAGUUACAUAAACAGUGACGUGGGCCGUUGCCGCUCCUGGUUGCGUCUGGCUCUCAACGAAUCUCUAAUGGAGUGUUAUUUCCUCACUCUACAGAGGGAGAAGUCUCACUUGCUGGAGUAUUACCAGCCAUUUGCACUGCUGCUGGAUGCAGAGGAUUGUGAUGUUGUUCUCAGCUACCUGCAGGGCCUCUCCUCCCUGACAUUCUCUCUGUCAUACAAGUCUUCCAUUCUGAAUGAGUGGACGGCGUCCCCUCUGACCUUGUCAGGGCUGUGGCUGGAGAACACUGAGCGCGUGGUUCAGUAUGAGCCGCACAGGAGGAAAUCCCUGGAUUCUGUCUCCCAGUCUUCUGGGUCUGAUGACACCAACAAUUCAAUGAUCAGAAACACUAAGAGGCAACUUGAGUCUUCUUCUCUAAGCCUGGAUAACAGCACCUCAUCUUCCCAGCUUUCGUCCAGCCUGGGAUCUGAUGAACAACCACUAAACCAGGCCCCAGUGCCUCCUGCAUCCCCCCAGAUCUCUGCGUUUUCCCGUCCGCUUCCAGACACCUGUGAUGUUGUGGAGGGUGCUCAUGCUGACAUGGAGGACACAGACGCUGAGACCCCUGACACAACAUCUCAAUGUCCUCUGUAUCAAAUACCCAUCCCUGAAAUCCUAAAAUCUGACGAAGAGUACAAGGAAGCUGAAGAGAUUCCAGCAGCAGACACACCCAAGGCUGCACCCCUCAAUGACCGUGUCCAAGAGGACGACCUCACGGUCUCUGAACCUCUUCCUCCUGCUCCCCCCACACAUGAAGUGGAUGCCUACUGUAUACCUGUUACCCUUGGCAGUAGGUCUCUCUCAGCAGAGGCAUCUCCAGCUGCAGAACUCCCAAAAAGCCAGAGCUGGAUCUCUGAAGAUGAUUUCCAGACAGAAUGUCCUGUUAUUGCAUUAGCGGAGUCUAGAAUUGGAAACUUGGCCUCCCAUCUGCCUGAUGCCACCAGCUCGGAGUCCCUGAAGCCGCCCGGUGCAGCCUUUCAUGUAGUGCACCGCAGACAGAUAGGACUUCCCAACCCAUUCCGUGGUCUACUGAUGCUGGGCUCUCUGGAACGUAAACAUGCCUUAGGUCUGUACAAGCCUUAUUACUGUGAACUGACACCGUAUGAGCUUCGCCUGUGCUUGGAGGGAGAGGAGCAGAACUGUGCAGAGAAUUGUUCUCUGCUGCGCUGUGAGUCAGUGGGCCCCGCACACAGCGAUGGUCGCUUUGACGUUCAGUUUUCUAAUAAAAGAUUGUAUCUGAGGGCGCCAUCUAAAAACGAGGCCCAGGACUGGGUGGACAGAAUUCAGGAAGCUGUGCAAAAAUUUCGACCACCGCAGGAUGAUGGUUGGGAGAUUUUACAUUGUCCAAAGUCCCCACAAAAUGCUGAGCUUCCCGAUGAGGGAGUAUCUCCCUGCCGGGUGUUUGACUGGACUUUUCAAGUGGAAGUGGAGUCAGAUGCUUUGAAAGAGUCCAUUCUGUACAUGAAGGUGCACAAAUCUUGGAUGAGGUUCAUGUUUUCAUUGUCUGAGCGAGCACUGAAAUGUUUCCAGCUCCGGAGCAGUGAGAAGUCUCUGUACAAUGUUUAUACUGUCGAGAUGGUGAAGGACAUUCUGCCGGACUCCAGCCUUGGAAGUCCCUCCUGCUUCCGGCUGGUGACCACAAAGGGCUCUCUGCAGCUACAGGCAGAGAAUGCAGCUGAAGCCCGAACCUGGAGAGAGCUUGUCCGAGCUGUGUUCCUGGAAUUGGAAGAUGAUGCUGUGAUUUUCCUGAGGACUGCAAACUUCCACAUUAAACCUCACAUCAGGGAUCACUUGCUCUUUCAGUAUCUCCUGCAUAUCCCCACUGAGCGAGGACUGGACACCCAGAACUUUAAGUGUGCAGGCUGCCAUAAACAGAUUGGAUUGCAGUUUGGGAAGGCGAAAUUGUGUGCAUUUUCUGGUUUGUACUAUUGUGACUUGUGUCAUCAGGAUGAAGUGUCCAUUAUCCCUUCCAGGAUUGUGCAUAACUGGGAUCUGAUGGAACGAGCGGUGUCCAGACCGGCUCUGAACUUCCUGAAGAUGGUGCAGGAUGAACCAAUCUUUAACCUCAAAUACCUAAAUGACCGGCUGUAUAGGCACACACAGACCAUGUGUGAGAUAAGCCAAAGCCGGGAGAAGCUGAGGUUAUUGGGGGAGUAUCUAAUGACUUGUCGCAGCGGAGCACUGCAGGAGCUCAGCACAAGCCUAGACCAACGUGAGCAUCUCCUGGACUGUGCUCAUACUUACAGCAUGCAGGACUUGAAGCAGAUUGCUGAUGGAGCAUUUGAAUAUUGCCUCCAGUCUGCCCUAGACUUUGCCAGCAGCCAUGUCUAUAGGUGUGACCUGUGCAGCCAGAGAGGAUUCAUCUGUCAGAUCUGCAACCAGGAUGACAUCAUCUACCCUUUCCAGUUUGACACCACAACAAGGUGUGGGGAGUGUAAAGCCGUGUUUCAUAAACCCUGCAAAACGCCCGCUACUCUGUGCCCACGAUGUGAGAGACGGAGGAAGUUCCAAAACCAGCGGGUGAGGAUGUGAGCCUCGUGGAGCCACAUCCAAAGCCCCAUCUGCUUCAGUUUGCACAUAGCCGGAUGGUAUCAUACUUGUCACUUUAUUCUUGUACAUAGAUUGUGUAUGUAUAUUGUGUAGAUAGAUCCCAGACAUUUGUACCUGGACCUGAAAGCCUUUUACACGGAGGCUGCGCGUCUCCAUUUGUUUCUCUGCUACCAGAUGGUCUUCCAUGUAGCAGACAAGUCAUGGCCAAGAGCCUCUCUAUGGAGGAGGACACCAUUGUACAUCCUGCUCUCUGCAGAGUUAUUUUUGUAUCAUCAGGUAUUUUUAUAUUCAGUGACUGGAAGAGUCCGACCUCGUGCCUUGUCCUCUGGGGCAGAUGAGAAGAUGUCUAUUGAGAGCGGAUCAUGGGGGAAUUUGCCAACAUCUUUAUGCUCAUGUUCGUCACUGUCUGGCAGCUUGGCCAGUUUUAUGUCAUUGCCAUAUAACUAAUCUUCUAGCAUUUUAUAUAGAAGAGGGCUAACAUGCAGACCCCCUCCCUCCUGGGGUGUAAUAUUUUAGUCUCUUCCAUCAUGACAGAUGUGAGUGUGAUACUGACAGCAACAUUAAUAUAGGAACACCUUGAAUGAUCUGAAACUGCUACCAAAUGUAGGAGACCAGAGCAGUGCACUAAGUGCCAGAGUCCUCAAUGUAACAGGGCAGCUCAUACAUCUGGGACUAGUGCCUCUACCCAUCAGGACAGUGCAGAUCAUUACCCUGGGGCCUGUGCCCUCCACCCAUUAGGACAGUGCAGCUCAUUACCCUGGGGCCAGUGCCCUCCACCUAUCAGGACAGGGCAGCUCAUGAACCUGGGGCCAGUGCCUCUACCCAUCAGGACAGUGCAGCUCAUUACACUAGGGCCAGUUCCCUCCACCUAUCAGAACAGUGCAGAUCAUUAUCCUGGGGCUAGUGCCCUCCACCCAUCAGGACAGCGCAGUUGAUAAACCUGGUGCCAGUGCCCUCCACCCAUCAGGACAGUGCAGAUCAUCACCCUGGUGCCAGUGCCCUCCACCCAUCAGGACAGCACAGUUCAUAAACCAGGGGCCAGUGCCCUCCACCCAUCAGGACAGUGCAGCUCAUCACCCUGGUGCCAGUGCCCUCCACCCAUCAGGACACGGCAGCUCAUAAACCUGGGGCCAGUGCCCUCCACCCAUCAGGACAGUGCAGCUCAUAAACCUGGUGCCAGUGCCCUCCACCCAUCAGGACAGCGCAGUUGAUAAACCUGGUGCCAGUGCCCUCCACCCAUCAGGACAGUGCAGAUCAUCACCCUGGUGCCAGUGCCCUCCACCCAUCAGGACACGGCAGCUCAUAAACCUGGGGC